AUGAAGGACAUUGAAGCAGGCACCCCUGGCUACGAGCUCCAUGCAUCACCGAAACCUGGCUCCGUGACCGGCACUGGCAACGAGGAACCGUUGCCGCACCCGUCGAUCUGGUUGCUGCUCGCUGUGUCGAUGCCGCGUAUGGCUAUUCAGAUGGCCUGGUCGGCGCAGUGGGCAGCUCUGGGCCCGUACCUGUCGACGAUGCUAUCAAACUCUGCAGUCCAGCUGACCCAGUUCAUUGGCCCUAUUGUCGGAGUCAUCGUUGGCCCAAGCAUCGGUGUCUUCAGUGACCGCACGACGUCUCGUCUUGGCCGUCGCCGUCCGUACCUCAUCGUCGCUGGUGUUCUCAGUGUGAUUUGCUGGAUUGCUAUGGGCUACACCCGUGAAAUUGGUGACGCUCUUGGUGACCACGGCGACGGCACUGAUGGCGACAUGGACCGCAAGUGGACGUCCGUGUUCACUAUCAUCUUCUACGCCUGGAUGGAUAUCACUGUCAACGUCGUCCAGACCCCGGCCAUGCUUCUGGUUGCCGACUUUGCCGGUGACCGCCAGACGACCGGUGCUGCUCUCGGUCAGGCUUGGUCGACGCUUGGAUCUAUUGUCAUUGCUGUGUACAUCGACAUCUUCGGUGCUGCUUACAAGACCAUGCACUGGUUCAUGGGCACACUGUCUGUCAUUAUGAUCGUCUGUGUGGUCGUGGCCUGUGUCUGUGCGCACGAAACCCCGCUCGACCCCAACAAGGUGGACAAGUCGUCGGCCUGGGUCCAGGUCAAGGGCGCCUUCUACUCGGUGUACCUCGGUAUCAAGACCCUGCCCGCUGUUCUGGUGGUGUACGGUAUCGGCUUCUUCUUCGUGCAGUACGGCUACACGGCCUACAACGGCAACAAGGGGCAGUUCUUCGGCCUUGAGGUAUACGGUGGUUCGGCCGCCAACGCCGAUAGCUGUGAUCCCUGCUCGGCGGAGCAAACCGCCUACAAUGACGGUGUCAGUCUCGCUGGCGGAACUGCUGACCUUCUGUACAACAUCGUCGGAUACGUCUACUCGUGGUGCAUCCCGUUCCUAGUGAGUAAGUUCGGUCUCAAGUGGGUGCUCACGCUCUCGACCAUCCCUCAGAUGUUCCUUCUCAUCAUGGCUUGGGUCGACAACAAGAGCUUCGACGUCUUCGUUGUUGCCAUCACGGGCAUGACUUCCUCGAUUUGGUUCUCCUGCAUCGUGCCUGUCAUCAUCCACGUGAUGGGCGAGGAUGUGGAGAUCGGUAUGUACGUGGGGGCUUUGAACUCGGCCAACUGCUUCGGCCAGCUCCUUAACUACGCAAUUGGUGCUGCCAUCGUCAACACCUCGCUCGGAUACAAGUUGCCGGUGUUCCUGGGUGGUGUCAUGUCCGCUCUGGGUUUCUUCGUCUCCGCCAUUUUCCUGAAGAUCAAGAUGUAUAGCUUGUAG